GUGCGCGCAUCGCACCAAGUCCGCCUUCAGCUACAAGUCAGGCAAGUCGGCGUCCCACCCCGCGCUGGGGGCCCCCCGCCCAGGCGAGGCGGGGGGCCCAGCAGUGGAGGAGACGCGCAUCCUGGGCGCCCUCGUCGACGCCCAGCCGCCCUUCGGCGCUCUCCUCGCCGAGAUCAUGGCGCGAGGGAGUGCCGCCUUCGAGGCGCCCCACUAUGGCACCGAGUCCUCGGGCCUCGCGCUCCUGGCGGCGGCGGCCCAGGCCGAGUGGGCCAGGCGCCUCCUUGGCCACCGCCGGGCGCAGGUGGCGCCAGAUGCUUUAGUCGUAGCCCAGUGCGGGUGGCCGCUGCGAUUGGGUUCGGAACUGAUUGCGGGCGUAGUCAUGGCGCGCGCCCGGCUAGCAGUGCUCCCCCAGGACCACCCUGGGGCCGCCAUGUCCCAGCUGGCCUGCUCCGCGGUCGCCACCGCGUGGGACAACGAGGUGCGCCAGGUGAUGGACGCCGCAACCAUCCCAGACGCCGGCGCCCACCUGGCGGCGUCGGAGGAGCAGGUCGCGGCGGCCAGGGCGUCGGCCGACAGCAGGCGGACGCCCCUCAAGUGGUACCAUCGCACCAUUGUCCUCCCGGCCAUACAGGCGAAGGACACGGGGAAGCUCGACCCAGCAGGCUCCACCACCUUUCCCGCCCUCGGGGCGGUGUUCUGCGAGCUCGUUCCAAGUGCCGCGAGGGUCCCUCGCGAAUGGCUGGACGCGGAUGGCCACCGCCACCAUUGGCGGCACUUCCGGCUCUGGGUCUGGACGCGGCUUUCGGGCCAGCGGCCCGUCCCGCUGCUCACAGGAGAGGAGUUCGCAGCGCGCCUGCCGCCUUGCCCCCAGCGUGGAGCGCCGGCCCCAUCAGUCGAUCACCUGCCGGCCGCUUGCCCGGCCCCGGGCGUCGUCGCAAUCCGCGACCAACGCAGACAGCGAGUCCUGCUGCCCGACAACGGCGCCGCGCUCGCGCACCAGCC